AUGAAAAAUGUAACUUAGGUUUUAGCAUUUCCGGUUAUCCACCGCAUGACCGGUAGGUGGCGACAAAAGCUUAAGGCUAAAAUUGCAGCAUUGUCAACAUGUCAGUUAACUUUCUUUUAUUAUUAUUACGAUAACGUUAAGAACCUACGAAGACUGCAAGAAUGCUGAACGUUUACCAACGACAGGUAACCCAAGUAGACAGGAACUCAUCAAAUUCACAAAAUAACAAUGUUUACCUGUAAUUGACCAAAUUAAAAGUAGCAAUUAUUAGCGAGCUAAAGGUGAUGCUGGUUACAUUUGCUAGCUAGAAUUGUCGCCAACAAUAUAAUAAUAAGAAAAAAGUCAUGCACUUUGGCAUAUUGAGAUGUUAUUUUUACUAUUUGCGUGUUAAAAUAGUUUGAAAACAAACAAUGAGAACCUAAGUCUGUCAAAAAGUAAUUCAGCAUGGUUAUAGUAUAUAUACUUUUCAAAAUCACUAUGGAAGGCCGUUUCCGCCACUGAAAAAAAAUCCAAAAGCUAAUUCACAAGUAUGAGAUCGAAAGUCUAAAUUAUGAGGAAAAAUGUCAGAAUUAUGAGAUCAGAAUGCCCUAAUUAUUAAAUAAAAAGUCGAAAUUAUAAUACCAAAAUAGGAGCUUUCGUCACGUGACACCCGGCACAUGCGCAGUUUGUAUCACACAUUUUCGACUUUUUAUGGCAUAGUUCUGAUCUAUCAUCUCAUAAUCAUAAUUGUGACCCUUUAUCUUUUAUCUUUAUCAUACUUUUUAUCUCAUAAUUAAUUACUUUUUAUCUCAGAAUUUAGAAUUUUUUAAAUCUCCCUUAUUAUAUUUCAGUGACAGAAAUGGACUUCCAUUGUAUACACUAUAACUUAACUGUAUGUUGGCUUUUUUUUCAUCAUUUUGCACAUUCAUUGUUAUGUAUUCCUUGUUUUAUCUCAUUUUCUAUCUUUUUUAACACCUAUGGAGGUGGGUGGUCUUUCCUUGUCAGGUGAGAGGUAGAUUAUCAUUUUAAAUGAGGUCAGUGCAUGUGUUGUUAUGGAGAGAAGGGAGCUUCCCAGUGUCUACCAACACAACACCGUUCUAGAAAGCUAGAGGAAACCCUGCAGACCUGUGGGUCACUUCUAUGCUGUCAGGGGUCAUUUUAAUCAAGUUUCACCAGAACACACGGGAAUCGGUUUCAAGGUAGUAAAUAAAUUAAAGAUGCCCGCAAAAAAGAAAAAAACAAGUCAGAGUGUGGAGGAGGAAACCAAAGAUGUGGAUGACGAUCACUCUGGGGAUCAGCAACAGAAGCCUAAGAAGAAAAGUCAGCAGGUGAGUGAGGAUGCUGGAGGACGGAAAAAGAAGAAGAAGCAGCAGAAGGACAGUGAUGAAGAAGACGAUGACAGCUAUGACACAUUUGGGAGCAAUGUGAGGAGCAGCAACAAGACCGAAAAAGUUAAAGAAAAGGCUAAGAAGAAGAAAAACAAAGAAGUACGCAGGGAUGACCUCAGCGACGUCUCACAGAGCACAGACGAUGAAGACAACAACAGCUACUCAAGUAGUACGAAAAGAGAGGGAAAUCUUCCUGAUGUGAUUGAAAUAACCAAAAAAGCAACAAGUCAGCCUUUGGCAAAUGACAAGAUGGGCUCAAAGGAUAAAAAAUCCAAAGAUGAAGACAAAAAAUCCAAGAAGGACUCGGAGAAAAAGGAAGAACAGAUAGCAGGGGAUGAGGACGAUGGGAAGAAGAAGAAGCGAGACAAGAAGAAGAAAGCAUCAGAGAAGGGGAACAGCGAUGAAGACACCAAGAAGGCAAAAGGCAAGAAGAAGAAGGUUGAGAACUACGUGGAAAUUUAUGAGAGUGAGCUUCGAAAUUACCAGGUGGAAUCGGUGGAGGACUACGAAGAUGAGUACCACAAAAAGAAAGUAUAUGAAGUGGUGACCAUGACUGGCGAUGAGAGAGGAGCGGGCACCGAUGCCAAUGUGUUUAUCACUCUUUUUGGAGAAUUCGGCAUCACUCCCAAAGUCCAUCUGGCCAGCAAGAGUCGCACCGCAUUUGAGAGGGCCAAAGCUGAUAUAUUUCGAAUAAGAACCCACAAUGUGGGACCUUUGAAGAAGAUACGGAUUGAACACGACAACACAGGCCUGAACGCCAGCUGGUACUUGGACCGGGUAGUGGUGACUGAUGUGAUUAGGCCUCACCUGAGGUACUACUUUGCUUGCAACAACUGGCUGAGUAAAGUGGAAGGAGACAGCCUUUUUGUCAGAGAUCUGCUGGGCAGCAUGGACGCAAUGGACAUGCCCAAAUAUAAUAAGUAUAUGGUCAGUGUCUUCACUGCUGAUAUAAAAGGUAGCGGAACAGACGCAGAUGUAUUUAUCAAUGUAUUUGGAGAGUUUGGUGAUACAGGUGAGAGACUGUUAAAUACAAGCAAAAAUAACUUUGAAAAAGGCACAGAGGAUAAAUUCACCUUUGAAGCCCCAAACUUGGGCAAAGUCAGGAAGAUCACCAUCGGCCAUAACAACAAAGGCUCUUCGGCAGGAUGGUUUGUAGACAAGGUGACCGUGGAUGAUCUGGGUAACAAAUUGGUGUAUGAAUUUCCAAUCAACCGCUGGUUUGCCAUCGACGAGGACGAUGGCAAGAUACAGAGAGACAUUUUGGUGGGAGGGAGUCAACCGACGGGUAUCGUGUACAACGUCCAGAUUGUAACCGGAAACAUCAGAGGGGCCGGGACCAACUCCAAAAUUCACAUUGUGAUGCACGGCACCAAAGGCUCAAAGAACAGCGGCAAGGUAUUUCUUGAAGGAGGGAAGUUUGAGCGUGGUCUGACAGACAUUUUCAAUAUCGAGAUUGCAGCACUUCUCAGCCCCCUCAGCAGGGUGACCAUCGGACAUGAUAACGACGGAGUCAGUGCCGGGUGGUACUGUGAGAAGGUGGUGGUGUACUGCCCAUUCACAGGGAUCGAGCAGACCUUCCCGUGCUCUCAUUGGCUGGAUGAGAAGGAAGGAGAUGGACUGAUUGAGCGAGAACUCUACGAGAUGGUCUCGCUCAGGCAGAAAAGGCAAAAAAAGCAUCCCUGGUCCUUGUGGAUUUGGACAUCUGACCUACCCAACGCUGGAAGCGAUGCUGAUAUCAAUUUUCAGGUGUACGGAGAGAAGGGCAAGUCUGACGAGAUCAAACUAGACAACAAAACAGACAAUUUUGAGCGUGGUCAAGUGGACAGGUUUAUAGUUGAACUGCCUGACUUGGGAACUUUGACCAAACUCCGUAUCUGGCAUGAGAAGAGAAAUCCUUUCGCAGGGUGGCAUCUGACUAAGGCAACUUUGAUAAAAACAUUAACCAAGGAGAAAUAUAAGUUUCCAUGCGAGCGUUGGCUGGACACUAAUGAAGAUGACAACGAGGUGGUGAGAGAGCUUCCUGCAACUGGCGAACUCAUCGCAGAACCGCUGCCUUUGAUAAAAUACAGAGUGACCAUUUGCACCGGGACCCUCGGCGGCAGUGGCACUGACGCAUCUGUUUUUCUCAAUCUCAUUGGCGAGCGUGGUGACACUGGAGACCGACAGCUUGUCAACUGCAAAAACAACAUCAACAAGUUUGAGAAGGGGAAUCUGGAUGAGUUUAUCAUUGAGGCCGUCACCAUCGGACAGAUCCGCAGGGUGAGGAUCGGACAUGAUGGUAAAGGUGGUGGCUGUGGCUGGUUUCUAGAUAAAAUCAUAGUGAGGGAAGAGGGACAGGCUGAGACGCAGGCCAUCGAGUUUCCCUGCAACAGAUGGCUGGAUCGCAACGAGGAUGAUGGACAGAUCGUUCGAGAAUUAGUCCCCUUCUCUGAUGGACAGAGUCUCUACAAUGUUGGCUAUCACAUCGCAGUGAAGACAGGCAACAUCCCCGGGGGCAGCUCAGACUCCACAGUGUUUGUCAAGCUUUAUGGGGACAAAGGUGACACUAGUAAAAUGAUGCUAGUGGUCUCUGACAACAACCUGAGAAAUUACUUUGAGACGGGUCGCAUUGACAUCUUCACUGUGGAAACCGCUGAUAUUGGACAGAUCAACCGAAUGAUGAUCGGCCACACCAACGAGGGCAUGCGGGCCGGUUGGUUCUUGGACAGCGUUCAGAUCCUGGUUCCUCUGAAAGGAAAGCACUACAUGUUCCCCUGUCAUCGCUGGCUGUGCAAGGGAGAAGCCGACGGCAAGACAGAGGUGGAGAUUUACCCCAGCGAGAUCUUGGACACACAGCAAUUGAUCAGCUAUGAGGUAUCAGUCACAACUGGAGAUGAGAUGUUCGCUGGCACAAAUGCCAAAGUGUUCAUUCAGCUCUAUGGAGAAAAAGGCAAGACAGAAGUCAUCAUGCUGGACAGUCGAUCCAACAACUUUGAAAGAAACACCACUGACGUAUUCAAGAUUGAGGCCAAAGACGUGGGGAAGGUGUUCAAAAUCCGCAUCGGUCACGACGGCUCAGGGAUAGGAUCUGGCUGGUUCCUGGAGACGGUGGAUGUGAAGCACAUAACGAUGGCUAUGGUGCCCAAGGAGAAGAAGAAGGAAGACAAGAAAAAGAAGAAGAAAAAGAAAAAGGAUGAGGAUGAUGAGGAGGAGGAAGGAGGAGAGGAGAUGCAGGAAGUGGUGUUGACCUAUCAUUUCCCCUGCUCGCGCUGGCUGGCUCGGGGAGAGGAUGAUGGCGAGCUACAGGUUGAGCUGCUGCCUGACGGCGCAGAGGAACUGGAAGUCAACACCUACGAAGUGUGUGUCUUCACGGGUGACGUGCUGGGAGCCGGGACCGACGCCAACGUCUUCAUUAAUAUUUACGGAGAGAACGGGGACACCGGAGAGCGUUAUCUCAAGAACUCCGACAACCUCAACAAAUUCGAACGAGGGGAGGAGGAUGUUUUCAUUGUGACAGCUAUUGAUUUGGGUCCUCUGAAGAAGCUUCGGAUCCGUCAUGACAACACACAGUCGUACUCAGCUUGGUACCUUGAUCGUGUGGAAAUAGUGGACACAAAGGAUGAUACAACGUACUACUUCCCUUGCAACCGCUGGCUGGCAGUGGAUGAAGAUGACGGCCAGAUAGCAAGAGAGCUGGUUCCCGUGGAUGAGGCCUUCAUGAAGAAAGAUGAGGAUGAUGAAGGAGGCGGCGGUGCCACUCUGGGGCUGGAGCAGAAAUCCAUGUCCACUACAUAUACCAUCAAGAUAAAAACCGGAGAAAAAAAGUAUGCGGGAACAGAUGCAAAUGUCUUUGCUGUAUUAUUUGGAGAAAAUGAUGACACGGGCAUCGUCAAUCUGAAGGCCUGUAAGAACUAUAAGAACAAGUUUGAGCAAGGGAUGAUAAAUGAGUUCACAGUGGAAGCGGUCGAUUUGGGUGAGCUGGAAAAGCUUCGAAUCGGUCAUGAUAACUCAGGGGGCUCACCUGGUUGGUUCUUGGACUGGGUGGAGAUCGACGCCCCCUCACAAGGUCUGAGGCUACGCUUCCCCUGCGGGCGCUGGUUGGACAGGGGAGAGGACGAUGGCGGCAUUGUGAGGGAUCUCUAUCCCGCUGAGUUACAGACUGAGUUGUACACGCCAUUUGUGCCCUACGAGCUGAAGAUCUACACCACCGAUGUGUUCGCCGCUGGGACUGAUGCGGACGUGUUCAUCGUUUUGUAUGGUCGCAAGGGCAUGUGCACUCUGCAGAAGCAUCUGUGUGUCAACAAGCGAGAGAGGCGACUGUACUUUCAGAGGGGAGCGGAGGACAUGUUCAUAGUGGAGUUAGAAGAUGUUGGGGACAUUAUAGAGAAGAUUCGGGUGGGGCACGACAACAGGGGCUCCAAUCCAGGAUGGCACCUCGACCGAGUGGAGAUCAGGCGUCUGCUGAGGAAAGGAAAGGGAUCAGAGACAACAAUUUUCCCAUGUGAGCGCUGGUUGGCUAAAUCGGAAGAUGACGGAGAAACGGUGAGAGAGUUGGUGCCAUCUGACAUCAUCACAGAGAAACUCCUGAGGGGUGGCACUCUGAAACGGACAGAAACUGAGGUUGAAGAUGCUUUGGAAACCCACGCGUACCAUGUGUCCGUACGCACAGGUGAUAUGUACAAAGCAGGAACGGAUGCCAACAUCUUCCUCACAAUCUACGGAGAUCUUGGUGACACCGGAGAGCGCAAACUUGCCGUGUCGGAGAACAACAGGAACAAGUUUGAGAGAGGACAGGUGGAUAAAUUCACCAUUGAAGCAGUGGACCUGGGUCAAGUGUUUAAGAUCCGAAUUCGUCACGACAACUCCAUGGUGGGUGCCGACUGGUACCUGGACCAGGUGGAGGUGCUGGAUGUGGACACAGAAGAGGUUUACAUGUUCCUGUGUGAGCGCUGGCUCUCAAAGAAGAAGGAGGACAAACGUUUAGAGAGAACCUUCUUUGUAAAGGGAUACGAAGGUGAAAGAAACACUGAUCCAAAUUCCAAAAAGAUGGCUCAGGCCAAACUGGGGCUGGACAGGAAUGCAAACAAGAAGAAAAAGAAGAAGAAGGUGGCAGCGCUGGAUGAUGGUCCAAUCAUCCCCUAUCACUUCACUCUAUCCACUGGGAUCGAACGUGAUGCCAGUACCACUGCUAGGGUCUACGUUAUCAUCAUCGGCCCCGGAGACCUGGAGACAGACCGGCUGUGGCUCGACCUGCCAGAUGGGAAAAAAUCCUUUACAGCUGGCAGCAUGGAGCAUUUUGUGUGCUAUGGAACUGACGUGGGAGAGAUCAAGAGAGUGGAACUUGGCCAUAAUGGCGCCACACCAGAGAGCUGCUGGUUGGUGGAUGAGCUGGAGGUUGCCGUGCCAACCAAAGGUAUCAAGUACAGCUUCCUGUGCAAAUGCUGGCUGGCCAAAGACAGGGGAGACGGUCUGUCAGUCAGGCUGUUCAACGUGCUGGACGCCAGCACCAUCAUCAUCAACCGCAAAGUGAUUUAUGCCACCACAGUCAUCACAGGGGACACACAGUAUGCCGGCACGGACACACACAUAUUCUUGACUGUGUAUGGAGCCAAUGGAAGCACAGAGGAAAUGCUCUUGGACAAGAAUGAGGACAGGUUUGAGAGAGACCAAGAGGACACAUUCAAUCUGGAAGUCGAUGACAUUGCUCCUCUCAAGAAGAUACGUGUUCGAAUUGAUGGCGGUGGUAGUCGUCCCGAUUGGUUCCUGGACAGGAUCCUGAUGCGAAAUCUGAACACAGACGAGGUGUAUAUGUUUACCUAUGAGAACUGGCUCUCGAAGACCAAAGGACCCAGGAGGACUCAAAUGUGCGAGCUGGCGGCUGUGGUGGAUGACGAGGAGAUGGUGGAGAGAACAACCUACAUCAUCCAAGUCCAGACCGGUGAUGUCACAGGUGCUGGCACGGAUGCCAACGUGUGUUUGAUGGUGUUCGGGGAGUUUGGUGACACAGGGACGCUGCAGCUAAAGCAGAGUGCCAACAGGAACAAGUUUGAGCGCAAAAUGAAAGAUGUGUUCCGGUUCCCCGACAUGCUCAGUCUGGGCGAGCUCUCCAAAGUGCGAGUGUGGCAUGAUAACAAAGGUCUGGGUGCGGGAUGGCACCUGGACUACAUUGAUGUCAAAGAUGAGACCAUGGACCAGACCUUCAGGUUCCCAUGUGACCGCUGGUUGGCGAAAAAUGAAGACGACGGGCAGAUCAUCAGGGAGCUGGCAUGUGCCAACAAUGACUCUGUGGACCUCAGUGAUAAAACCAAAUACGAAAUUGCCAUAACCACUGCAAACACAGAGGACGCUUCCACCAAUGAAAAUGUCUGGCUUGUCUUGGAAGGAAGGAAAGCUCGCUCCAAGGAAUUUGUUCUUGAGAAUAAGAAGAACAAGUUCUCAUGCGGUGCCACCUCCAUCUUCGAGUUCUCGUCAAAACACGUCGGCGAAGUCGCUGGUAUCUGCAUUGGCCACAUCACCAAAGACGGCAAGAAGGUGAAGAAUGAAUCCUCUUGGCACGUUGCGGAGGUGGUGGUCACAGAGAAAGAGCUGGGAAACAAGUAUUUUUUCCACUGCGAUGCCCAAGUGCCUCUGGCGGCCAAAAAGGACCAGUUCCAAACAUUCGAGUGCUACAAGUCCAUAGAAAGCUUCGCAAGCAAAGUUCGGAACCUGGUGCCGGUCAAGUACGAGAUCAUCGUCAUCACAGGCGACGUCAAGGACGCCGGAACGGACGCAAACGUCUACAUCACCGUCUAUGGCGUCAACGGGGACUCAGGGAGACGUCACCUGCGCAAGAAGUUUCGGAACCUCUUCGAACGAGGUCACACAGACCGCUUCCUGGUGGAGAUGUUGGACCUCGGGGAGCUGCUCAGGGUAAAAGUGCAGCAUGACAAUAGUGGGUGCAACUGCAGUUGGUACUUGACAUGCGUGGAGAUAACCAACACGGCCAACUCAGUCACAACCAUCUUUCAGUGCGGUAAGUGGCUCGACUCAGGUAAGGCUGACGGGCGCACUGAGAGGGUCCUCUACCCCAAGUACUAGGAUAAAAAAAAAAAAGGUAUGUACAUUUUUUUCAAAAAUCUGAUUUUUAAAUGUUUUUCCCUCUCAACCCUUGGCACAUUUCUCAUAUGACAAGUAAUGAGUAAUCAAUUUAUCAAUGGAUAGGUAAGUGUUUAUAUGUGUUUUUCCUGGGCCCUUUUUCCAAACCCCCUCACAUUUUAGGGUAAAACAAAACCAAGUUUUAGUCAAGCUGAACAGAGAUGAGAUCAGCAGUGUUCUUUCUUUGUGUUCUCAUACAUUUGUGCCAAGUGUCAGGAAGGAAAAAAGAAAUCACUUCAUCCUAUCAUAUCUUUAUUUAAAGGCAAUGGGAUUUUUUGAAUGUGUGGAUAUAUUGAGACCAUGUUUUAUUAGGUUUUGUACAUUUUUGUACAUAUUUUCCCAAGUCCAACCAUGUAUUGAAAAAGUGCACACAAAGUGAACAUACACAUGAAAAAAAGAACAGCUGCACAAACUGCAUUGUCAUCAGCAUUUUAGGCAUUUUAUUUGAAAAACACAUACAAAAAGAUCAUAUACAAGACAAUAAAUAAAAAAGAGACAGAACAGUUUGGGUUAAGCUAUGCAACUUUUUGCAUUGUCAUUAGUAAUAAAUACAGUACAAAAUCCACCCAGAGUGAAUCUAAAGGUUUUUUUCUCCACAAUAUUCACUGAUCAUGUUAUUCUUCAUUAUGAUUUCGCUAUUGCUUUCAUAUUAUUGAUACAUACUUCUACUUUUCUAUAAAAUACUCAAGAUCAUAAAACAUUGCGCGGUUACAGCAAAACAGCAGUGUUGUUGUACAAAGAUGGCCACUUCCCUUUUUCACUGGCAGGUUAAUAACAUUGUUUUUCUUGUUUUUUUUGUAUUCUCAGCAGCAAAGAAAGAAAUAUUCAAGAAGGUACAGCAUCAUAUUAAACACAUCUAACAGAGCUACUCCCACAUACACAUAGGAAAACCUGAGAAGGACAUGCAUUUAAAAAGCUUGUGCUUUAAAAGUUUCUACUGUUCAUUCCGGUUCAUCAGCUUGAGUUAAUACUAUGGCUACGGUCCAGUUGGCUCUGGAGCAAACGGGGUACACUGUGGCGGGCGCAGGGUGGGUAUAAGGCCAGUGAGAGCACAAAAACAAUUAAAAAAACAAAACAAAAAAAAAAACAACAAUCAUAAUAAUAAUAAAUAGUAAAGCCAGCUUCAGUCAAUUCCAAUUGUCCCUCGUUUUAAAAUAAUUAUUUGCAGGAUUAGUAUCGAAAGGAAAAGCACACGCAAAAGUUAGCUUAUUAUAUCCACAACUCCAUUUAUAUUGGUAUCACCACAGUUUGCUCAAUAAGAUCAAUGGCUCAAGUUAGCAAUGUUAAGUAAGAUACAUCCCCCUACGUUCACAAAGCAAAUAGCCAGCAAUACAUCGGCAACACAGCUCAACUACAAUGUGGCCUCUAAAAGGAAGAAUAAGCAGAGAUCCAAGAUAGGAUGGAAAUGAUUGAUUAUGGGAGGUGAAAGCAGCAUCGUAUGGCAAAAAAAACCCAAACAAACAAGCGAGCUAAUUGUGGAGCAGUUACUAAGACAAAGACAGGCUCCGAUCAAAGCAAGUGAAGCUAAAGGGAAUGUCAUCUCCAUCAACAGCACCAUGCUGGCUUCAAAUUGGACUGGGAGACACGCACAACCAGUCAACUAAUUUCCUCUUUGCAGAAGAAAACACGCACACACGCACACACAAACGGCAUGCAGAUGCAUCCCCACCGACCAAUGCAUAAUGAGGUAUUUUUUUUGUAAUAUUUUGUCUUAUUUUAAAUAAAUAUAUCGAUUAAAUUGCAAAGUUAUGAGAUAGAGACAUUAAAUAUUCCACCACAAUAGCUAGCUAGCUACAGUUAGUAAUAAAUAAUGAUUGUUAAAUACUUAAGGCAUCUUUAAAAUCACAGCAUUCUAUGUGAACUAGCAGAACCUCCAUUAUUUCAGCACAUUUUUUAGUUUUGUUUUUGGAUGGAGGUCUCACAUGAGAGGGAAAAGAACAAUGCAACACAGUCAAGUUACCAUCCAGUAAGGGCCAAGGAAUGUUUGGCACACACUGAAAAGACCCCAAAAAUACAAUACGAUAAUUACGUUGAAAUGUUACAACAAUAAAGUUGUCAUUUUGGCAGAAUAAAGUUGUAAUGUAACACCGAUAAAGGUGUGAUUUCAUGAGAAUAGUGUUGAAAUGUUUCUAGAUUGUAGUCGGAAUUUUGCAAGGAAUAUCACAAGGAAAAUAUGUUUGAGAGACAAAAAUGAAGUCAUGUUUUGGGAUGGAAAAAAUAUUACAACAAUGAAGCUGUCAUUUUAUAAUGUUUACAGAAUUUUGUGAGGCUCAAAUCAUAAUUUUGGGAGUAGUAGUCAAUUAAGUCAAUUCUUUCUCUCAUAAUAUAUCUAGUAUAGGUUUACAUCUUGUAUUACAACUUUAUUCUGGUAAUAUUAGGAUUUUAUUACCCAACAUUAUGACUUAAUUGUCCCUAAAUGGGUCUUUUUGUCUCAUAAAAUAAAACAAAAAGAUGGUAAUCUAAUUUUAUUACAUAUUUAAAGCUUUCGUCUCAUAAGUGUAUAAUAUUAUAACUUUAUUCUUGCAGAAACCCCCUCCCCUUUCCCCCAUUACCGCUGUAUUUUUGGAUGGUUACUACUUUUUCUAAGGAGAUUUGUUCACCUUUUCAAUGUGGCCUUGACAUUCCUUGGUAAAUAACACACACAAGAAAGCAUGAAAAUACUUGGAAUGGAACCAAAACAGCAAAACUCUAAGACAAGAAGAAGCCACACACACACACGCCACCAAAAAUCAAAUUAAAAAUAAAACAGGCAACUCCAUAAUAUAGUGCAUUUACAUGAACACAAGCUACAUGACAAAUAUAUAAAUAUGCUUUUUUUGCAGCAUUGCAGCUCUUUAUCUUCACUGUGACUGCGUGUGUCAUUAGUACCGUGUCCCAAAUAAUUGGCAUGUGAAUUUAAAAAAGUAAUAAUAAUGGCAUACAAACAUAUGAAAAGACAACAUUACAAACAGUUGUUUGGUUGUUAAAUGAAUGGCUUCUUAUCCCUUUCACCCUCCUUCACGACAUCACACACACAAGGAAGGACAGGAGGGGGGCGGGGCUAAUGGGGGCACACAUUCAAACACAAGCAGGCGAACGCGUUUGUGGGGAGGAGGGUUGUUUUCCCUGCACUGACACGGGAAAGGAGAAUCACUGAAAAAUAAUAAUAAUGAUCAUAAAUGUGCUUGUUUGUUAGGCAAUAAGGUUCUGAGAAAUGUCACUCAUGCCUGUGGCGAGUGAGGCAAGAUGGCGGCGUUGCUGUUAGACAAGGCUCAGGUCAGUGUCUAAGGGCAACUUUGGUGUGAGUGCGUGUAAAGGAGGAGGGGUAGGUUGGAUAGACCACCCGCCACUCCCCUCCUGUGGGUGAGUGGGUGACAUGCACACGACGCGGGUCCCUGCUUCUACUUGCUCCACGUUGACGACGACAGUCCAAAAAGCCUGGCACACACACACACACACACACAUCUACACUCGUUGGUGUAAUCUAGCGAGGGCAACCCCUCCCAUCCCACUACGACACAACACACAUCACUGGAAGCCAUGCUUGCAGUUAGCCGCAUUAGCAUCGAUGGCGAUUUAAAUCCAAACGGAGAACCACAACACAGAGAGAGAGAGAGAGAGAGAACAGAGAGAGAGAGCAGAGAGGGGGGGGGGUUGUUUUCUAUUCAUUAUUUUUGGCCUUUUUACACAAGUCAGCUUUGAAAGGUGGAGACCAGCGCUAUAGCCGCCCACAAACAUGGUCUCUCCGUUGCUACACAACACUGUUACUCUGGUAAAUACUGGAUCAGGACACACACCAAACAACCUCAUGCUAACGGUUUUGUGUCAUGUUCUGUACACAUGUGCAGCAUUAUGUCUACGUUUGCCUUUCUUAUACAUCCACUUAGUCAGCCAGUCUUAAAAUGAGUGAUCCCCAUUCUUGCCUGUGUAUGUGUGUGUGUGUGGGUGUGUGUGUGUGUGUGUGUGUGUGUAUGUGUGUGCUUUGCUGAUCCUACCAUGCCCCUUCCUUGUCACAAGGAGGAGAUGGUGGAGGAUUGUGGGAUGUGAGGCUGUAGGUGUCAACUGUCAGGGUUGAGCUGGGUUUCAAUGUCCACUCUGCAUAUGGGGCACUUCCUACUGGUGGCCAACCAUUGGUCCACACACGCCUGGUGGAAGAGGUGCAUGCAGGGUAAUCUCCUAGAGAGGAGACACUUUGGUUAGUAAGUGAAGGCACCACAAUCCUGUGUUUUUUCCCCCCCAAAAAAUAGUGCUACAUUCCAAAUUUGAUUUGUUGUGUGUAAAAUUAUUAAUUUAUUGUUCUAAUAGUGUAACUUUAUCCAAGUUGUCAUAUAAAGUCAAUUUUAUGAGAAAUCAGACAUAAGUUGUAAUAUGUGGAAAAAUAAAAACUGAAUGAACUCACUCCAAAGACAUAUGAUAGGACCAGGUAAAAAAAAAAAAAAAAAAAAAAAAUUUUAAAUAAAGUCAUGAGUUCUACAGAAAAAAA